AUGUCCCAGAAGAUUUCUGACAAUAAAAAAGAUUGGAAAAAAUUGAUUAUGUUAAAUGUACAUGGACAGAAUUAUCUUAUACGAACAUCCAUUGUAUGUGUUUUAUUUCUAAUCAAUGUGCUAUAUUUUUGUAUUACCGCAAGAUCUGCCGUAUCAUUCGAAAUGCUUGGAAGUCAAAAGAAUUUUGAUCAAUUAAAUCCAUUCAAAGAAAAAAUAGUCCAUUUCGACUUAAAAGGAGCACCGCCAACAUUGAAAUACUACAAGAAGAUAUUUCCAUUGUUGAAAAAAAUGAAAGUUGAUGGUAUAUUAAUGGAAUAUGAAGAUAUGUUUCCAUAUUGGAAUGAACUUACUGUGUUGAAACGAACAAUUGCUUAUUCUAAGACUAUUUUAAAAGCUAUUUUAGAGUUAGCAUCUAAUAAUAAUUUGGAAGUUAUUCCACUUGUACAAACUUUUGGUCAUAUGGAAUUUGUUUUGAAACAUUCGAAAUAUUCUAUAUAUCGUGAGGAUAUAUUUAAGCAUGAUACAAUAUGUCCAUCAGAUGAAGGUUCAUGGCAUUUAAUUACUGAAAUGCUCACUCAGAUACGUAUUAUGCAUCCAAAUGCAAAACGAAUACAUAUAGGUGCUGACGAAGUAUAUACUAUUGGUCAAGAUUUUCGAUGUAUUAAUCGACGUAUGGAAAGUUUAAGUUUUACGAUGGAUCAUUUAAAAUUGGAUCAUAUUAGCAGGGUAGCAAGAUAUGCUCGAAGUGAGUUAAAUUUUGCGGAAGUGCUAGUAUGGAAUGAUAUGUUCAGUGAUAUUGAAAUUGAUUUAUUGAAUCAAUAUGAAAUGGGUGAAUUGGUUACACCUGUUAUUUGGGGUUAUGCUGUUAAUGUUACUAAAUUGAAUUAUUUCCCGAUAAAUAUGUUUAAAAGAUAUUCACAGGUUUUUCCAAAAAUGAUGUUUGCAAGUGCAUUCAAAGGUGCAAAUGGACAAAAUGAAUCAUUUUGUUAUAUUAGACGUUAUCUUGCUAAUCAACAAUCAUAUGUGGAAUUGUAUGAAAAAGAAAAACAGGAUUUGAAUGGUAAAAUUUCGGGUAUUAUUUUAACCGGUUGGCAGCGAUAUAAUCAUUACAGUCCAUUAUGUGAAAUUUUACCAGUUUCAAUUCCAUCGUUGAUUGUUGAUCUUGAUAUACUUAACUGUCGAAGUAUUACUACGCAUAAUACGGUGAAAAGUAUUGGAACCGUAUGGGAACCGGAAAAGAUGGAUAAUGAUAUUUCAUUAGAAAUGAUGUUUGUAAAUUGCUCAUUUCCAGGGAGUAAAAUUUAUGAUGAGGUGCUUAACUUUCAUUCGUAUAUUACAGACGAGAAACAGUUAACCGUAGAUCUCGAGAAGAUACGUGAAAAUAUUGCUUUCUUACUUCGUCCAUAUUUUUAUGAUGAAUCAAUCAAUGAAAUAAUAACAGAACAGCUAAGCUAA